UCUACAUGCGCUCCUGCCCUGGAAGACCGGGAUUGGUCCUUUCGACCAUCAAUUGCACCAGGACCGCUUUUCAUUGGCGUUAGCGGAGAGUAGGGCAGGGGGCGGAACGCCAGCAGGCAGGCUGUGUCCAACUGUCGUUCUCGCGCGUCUUGCCUUUGGCGCAUGCACUUAACGAAUAGCGCUCAUUGGACGGGAGAGCAGGGGUGGGGGACUGGGACGGUGGUAGCCGCUGUGUGUGGUGGAGCUGCUGCCGGUGUCAUGGCGGAGCUGAGUGAGGAGGCGCUGCUGUCAGUGUUACCGACGAUCCGGGUCCCCAAGGCUGGAGACCGGGUCCACAAAGACGAGUGCGCUUUCUCUUUCGACACGCCGGAGUCGGAAGGUGGCCUCUACAUCUGCAUGAACACAUUCCUGGGCUUUGGGAAACAGUAUGUGGAGAGACAUUUCAGUAAGACUGGCCAGCGUGUCUAUCUGCACCUCCGGCGGACUCGGCGCCUGAAAGAAGAGGACACUACUGCAGGUACUGGAGACCCACCUCGUAAGAAGCCCACUCGGCUGGCAAUUGGUGUUGAAGGCGGGUUUGAUCUUACUGAGGAGAAGUUUGAAUAUGACGAGGACGUGAAGAUUAUCAUUUUGCCAGAUUACUUGGAGAUUGCUCGGGAUGGGUUGGGGGGGCUCCCUGACAUUGUCAGAGAUCGGGUAACCAGUGCAGUGGAGGCCCUACUCUCUGCUGACUCAGCCUCCCGCAAGCAGGAGGUACAGGCCUGGGAUGGGGAAGUUCGCCAGGUGUCUAAGCAUGCAUUCAACCUCAAGCAGUUGGACAACCCAGCUCGGAUCCCUCCAUGUGGCUGGAAGUGCUCCAAGUGUGACAUGAGAGAGAACCUAUGGCUCAACCUGACAGAUGGCUCCAUCCUUUGUGGCCGGCGCUACUUUGAUGGCAGUGGGGGCAACAACCAUGCUGUGGAGCACUACAGGGAGACAGGAUACCCUUUAGCCGUCAAGUUGGGCACCAUCACACCUGAUGGAGCUGAUGUGUACUCAUAUGAUGAGGAUGACAUGGUCCUGGACCCAAGCCUGGCUGAGCACCUGUCCCACUUUGGCAUCGACAUGUUGAAAAUGCAGAAGACAGACAAGACAAUGACUGAGUUGGAGAUAGAUAUGAACCAGCGGAUUGGCGAAUGGGAGCUGAUCCAGGAGUCGGGUGUGCCACUGAAGCCCCUGUUUGGGCCUGGGUACACAGGCAUCCGGAAUCUGGGUAACAGCUGCUACCUCAACUCCGUGGUCCAGGUGCUCUUCAGCAUCCCUGACUUCCAGAGGAAGUAUGUGGAUAAGCUGGAGAAGAUCUUCCAGAAUGCUCCAACAGAUCCCACCCAGGACUUCAGCACCCAGGUGGCCAAGCUGGGUCAUGGCCUUCUUUCGGGAGAGUAUUCCAAGCCAGCACCAGAGUCAGGUGAUGGGGAGCAGGUACCAGAACAGAAGGAAGUUCAAGAUGGCAUUGCCCCUCGGAUGUUCAAGGCCCUGAUUGGCAAGGGCCACCCUGAGUUUUCCACCAAUCGGCAGCAAGAUGCCCAGGAGUUCUUCCUUCAUCUUAUCAACAUGGUGGAGAGGAAUUGCCGGAGCUCUGAAAAUCCUAAUGAAGUAUUUCGUUUCUUGGUGGAGGAAAAGAUCAAGUGUCUGGCCACAGAAAAGGUUAAGUACACCCAGCGAGUUGACUACAUCAUGCAGCUGCCAGUGCCCAUGGAUGCAGCCCUUAACAAAGAGGAGCUUCUGGAAUAUGAGGAGAAGAAACGACAAGCAGAAGAGGAGAAGGUGCCGCUACCAGAACUGGUUCGGGCCCAAGUGCCCUUCAGCUCCUGUCUAGAGGCCUAUGGGGCUCCUGAGCAGGUGGAUGACUUCUGGAGCACAGCUUUGCAGGCCAAAUCAGUAGCUGUCAAGACCACACGGUUUGCCUCAUUCCCUGACUACCUGGUCAUCCAGAUCAAGAAGUUCACCUUCGGCUUAGACUGGGUGCCCAAGAAACUGGAUGUGUCCAUUGAGAUGCCAGAGGAGCUAGACAUCUCCCAGUUGAGGGGUACAGGGCUGCAGCCAGGAGAGGAGGAGCUACCUGACAUUGCCCCACCCCUGGUCACUCCGGAUGAGCCCAAAGGUAGCCUUGGUUUCUAUGGCAACGAAGACGAAGACUCCUUCUGCUCCCCUCACUUCUCCUCUCCGACAUCACCUAUGUUGGACGAAUCAGUCAUCAUACAGCUGGUGGAAAUGGGCUUUCCUAUGGAUGCCUGCCGAAAAGCUGUCUACUACACGGGCAACAGUGGGGCCGAGGCUGCCAUGAACUGGGUUAUGUCGCACAUGGAUGAUCCAGAUUUCGCAAACCCCCUCAUCCUGCCUGGCUCCAGUGGGCCUGGCUCCACAAGUGCAUCAGCUGACCCUCCACCAGAGGACUGUGUGACCACCAUUGUCUCUAUGGGCUUCUCGAGGGACCAGGCCCUGAAAGCUCUGCGGGCCACGAACAAUAGUUUAGAACGGGCUGUGGACUGGAUCUUCAGUCACAUUGAUGACCUGGACGCAGAAGCUGCCAUGGAUAUUUCAGAGGGCCGCUCAGCUGCUGACUCCAUCUCCGAAUCUGUGCCAGUGGGACCUAAAGUCCGGGAUGGUUCUGGAAAGUAUCAGCUCUUUGCCUUCAUAAGUCACAUGGGCACCUCCACCAUGUGUGGUCACUACGUCUGCCACAUCAAGAAGGAAGGCAGAUGGGUGAUCUACAAUGACCAGAAAGUGUGUGCCUCUGAGAAGCCACCCAAAGACCUGGGCUAUAUCUACUUCUACCAGAGAGUAGCCAGUUAAGAGCCUGCCCUCAACUUUUACCACUGAGGGCAAGGGACAGACCACCUGACAUGAGGGACAGGGGCUGAGGGAUGGACUUUAGCCCCCUGCUCUGUGCCCUUUUUCUUUUUGUCCCCAGCUGCAGGGAAGAAGCUGGAGGCCAUAGGACAGUGGCCAAGCAAAGUGGAGGAACACUUUGUUAGACUUUGGGGAUAGAGCAGGAAGGGGACAGGAGUGGGGCCGAUGCCUGUCUGUAAGGAGACCUUGUUACUUCCCCUGCCCCUUGAAUCCACAGUGCUCUGCUUCUCUGUGUAACCCUGCCCAGCCCCAGGUGUGGAGGGAUGGGGUCUUAUCUGUAUGUGCGCGUGGGUGUAGCUUUGUGCAUUCUCUUCCCGGGGAGGGAGGCUGUGUGUCUCCCUUCCCCCUAUGUGUUUGCUCCCCGUGUGGUUGGGCAAGGAGGGAUAUGAGGGAAAUGGGGACCGCCCCCCUUGCUCUCCUGCCUCAGUCUUUCUCCCAUCCUGUCUCUUCCUUGUCCUCUGGAAAAUGCCAAAAUACACGAUGUGAAUAAAAGUACAGUGGCUAAA